GCGGCGCCGUGUCGCUGUCCAUCCCCUCCUUUAAGGCAGUCGCGUUUCUUCCGGAUCAUGGAGCCCAUCUGCUCCCGGAGCCCUUGAGAGUGCCGUUUCCCGCCCCGCUUUGGACAGACCGGGACGCGGGCCUUCACGGCGCGACGGCCAUGCAGCCCCCUGCCCGCGAGGAGGACACCCGCACCAAGAGCAUGUUCGUGUCUCGGGCCUUGGAGAAGAUCCUCUCCGAGAAGGAGGCGAAGCGGCCCCCUCACGGGCAGCUGCGGACAGCCUGCCAGGUGGCGCUCGAUGAAAUAAAAGCAGAACUAGAAAAGCAAAGCCAAGGCAAUGAAACCACACCAAAAGCAAACUUCAUUGAAGCAGAUAAAUAUUUCCUCCCAUUUGAGUUGGCUUGCCAGUCAAAGUCCCCAAGAAUUGUCAGCACCUCAUUGGACUGCUUACAGAAACUCAUUGCCUAUGGACAUAUCACUGGCAAUGCUCCAGACAGUGGAGCCCCUGGAAAGCGCCUGAUUGACCGUAUAGUUGAAACAAUCUGUAAUUGUUUUCAAGGUCCUCAAACUGAUGAAGGAGUGCAAUUACAAAUAAUUAAGGCUCUUCUCACUGCUGUCACUUCCCCGUAUAUAGAAAUUCAUGAGGGAACAAUCCUUCAGACUGUUAGAACUUGUUACAAUAUCUAUCUGGCCAGUAAAAAUCUCAUUAAUCAGACAACUGCCAAGGCUACCCUCACUCAGAUGCUGAAUGUCAUUUUCACUCGGAUGGAAAACCAAGCUAUACAGGAGGCAAGAGACCAAGAAAAAUCAAGUCAACAAAAAUCCCAGUCUCCCAUGAGUCAUGUUACGUCAGGCUCUCCCAGGAUUGGCCGACUAAAAUACAGCCAACAAGAAAGCAGCCCAUCAACUCCUGUAAAAAUAGACUUAACUAAUGGUGAACCUGAAAGAAAAGAAAAUGGAGACCAGAAACCAGAAGACAAUUUAACUCCUUCAGUAUCUGAAGAAGAAACUGAUGAAGGCACAGAAAUUGUUAAAGGAAUCUUGGAGGAUGUGGUCACUUCAGCCGUUAGAGCCUGUUUAGAAGAAGAAAUUAAAAAGCAAGCUCUGCCUGAAUCGGGUAGGAUUCUGUCUGAAUUGGGAACUGCAGUUCUUGCCUCUCCUGGUGGUAUUAGUGAAAACACGCAAGCAAAUGGAAUUCCAGAUGAUAGACAGUCUGUCUCCUCUACGGAUAAUCUGGAAACAGAUGUCCCUGGACCUCAGGCAGCUGCCAAAUUCUCCCAUAUCCUUCAGAAGGAUGCCUUUCUUGUGUUUCGUUCAUUGUGUAAACUUUCAAUGAAACCGCUCGGUGAUGGGCCUCCUGAUCCCAAAUCUCACGAGUUACGUUCUAAAAUAGUGUCCCUUCAGCUGCUACUUUCAGUUUUGCAAAAUGCUGGUCCAGUCUUCAGGACGCAUGAAAUGUUCAUUAACGCCAUUAAGCAAUAUCUCUGUGUAGCAUUAUCUAAAAAUGGAGUGUCUUCUGUUCCUGAUGUGUUUGAGCUCUCCCUUGCCAUCUUCCUCACCCUUCUCUCAAACUUUAAAACUCAUUUAAAAAUGCAGAUUGAGGUGUUUUUCAAAGAGAUUUUUCUAAACAUUUUAGAAACCUCUUCCAGUUCCUUUGAACACAAGUGGAUGGUAAUUCAGACCCUGACCAGAAUUUCUGCAGAUGCUCAGUGUGUAGUGGACAUAUAUGUGAACUAUGACUGUGAUCUGAACGCCGCUAAUAUUUUUGAACGGCUCGUUAAUGACUUGUCUAAAAUUGCCCAGGGACGGAGUGGACAUGAGUUAGGCAUGACACCUUUGCAGGAACUGAGCCUACGGAAGAAAGGUCUUGAAUGUUUGGUCUCUAUUUUAAAGUGCAUGGUAGAAUGGAGCAAAGACCUGUAUGUGAACCCUAAUCAUCAGGCCAGCCUUGGUCCAGAUAAGCCUUCUGAUCAGGAAAUGGGAGAGAAUAAAUGUCUGGAGGCUGGGGGAAGAAGAAGUAGUGCAAGUUCCUUAGAUUCAACCAUCUCUUCAGGAAUCGGCAGUGUUGGAACCCAGGGCAUUGUCCCUGAUGAUCCAGAGCAAUUUGAGGUCAUCAAGCAGCAGAAAGAGAUCAUUGAACAUGGGAUUGAACUGUUUAAUAAAAAGUCCAAGAGAGGGCUGCAGUAUUUGCAGGAGCAGGGAAUGCUGGGUGUCACAGCGGAGGACAUAGCACAGUUCCUUCACCAAGAGGAGCGCUUGUCUUCUAGUCAAGUAGGAGAAUUUCUGGGUGACAGUAGCAAGUUUAAUAAGGAGGUGAUGUACGCCUAUGUAGACCUGCUUGAUUUCUGUGGAAAAGACUUUGUCUCUGCUUUACGUAUAUUUCUGGAGGGAUUUCGGUUACCUGGUGAAGCUCAGAAGAUUGAUAGACUAAUGGAAAAAUUUGCUGCUAGAUACAUUGAAUGCAACCAAGGCCAAACUCUCUUUGCUAGUGCUGACACAGCUUACGUUUUAGCAUAUUCUAUUAUCAUGUUGACAACAGACUUGCACAGUCCCCAGGUAAAGAAUAAGAUGACCAAAGAACAAUAUAUAAAAAUGAAUCGUGGAAUAAAUGAUAGCAAAGACCUUCCAGAGGAUUAUUUGUCUACUAUCUAUGAUGAAAUAGAAGGAAAGAAAAUCGCAAUGAAGGACACCAGAGGAUAUGCGAUCACAACCAAAUCUACUAAGCCAAAUGUAGCCAGUGAGAAGCAGAGACGGUUGUUAUACAACCUGGAAAUGGAGCAAAUGGCAAAAACCGCUAAAGCGCUGAUGGAGGCAGUAAGCCAUGCAAAAGCACCUUUCACUAGUGCAACUCACCUCGAUCAUGUCAGGCCUAUGUUCAAACUUGUGUGGACUCCACUGCUAGCAGCUUACAGUGUUGGCCUUCAAAACUGUGAUGACACUGAAGUUGCAUCAUUGUGCUUGGAAGGAAUACGAUGUGCUAUCCGAAUAGCCUGCAUUUUUGGCAUGCAGCUUGAACGAGAUGCUUAUGUACAGGCACUUGCCCGCUUCUCAUUGUUGACAGCAAGUUCCAGCAUCACUGAAAUGAAACAAAAGAAUAUAGAUACAAUUAAGACGCUUAUUACAGUAGCACACACUGAUGGCAACUACCUGGGAAACUCUUGGCAUGAGAUCUUAAAAUGCAUCAGCCAGCUGGAGCUAGCACAGCUAAUAGGGACUGGAGUUAAAACACGCUACCUGUCUGGAUCUGGCCGUGAAAGAGAAGGGAGCCUCAAAGUCUUCACAUCUGGAGGAGAGGAGUUCAUGGGUCUUGGACUAGGUAACCUUGUUGGUGGAGGUGUCGAUAAACGGCAAAUAGCCAGCAUUCAGGAAUCUGUGGGAGAAACCAGUUCACAAAGUGUUGUGGUAGCAGUGGACAGAAUAUUUACAGGCUCAACAAGACUGGAUGGAAAUGCAAUAGUUGACUUUGUUCGAUGGUUGUGUGCGGUUUCCAUGGAUGAGUUGGCUUCCCCUCACCAUCCACGCAUGUUCAGUCUGCAGAAGAUUGUUGAGAUCUCUUAUUACAACAUGAACCGAAUUAGGCUGCAGUGGUCCAGGAUAUGGCAUGUCAUUGGCAAUCAUUUCAACAAGGUUGGUUGUAAUCCUAAUGAAGAUGUGGCUAUCUUUGCAGUUGAUUCUUUGAGACAGCUAUCAAUGAAGUUUCUUGAAAAGGGAGAAUUAGCCAACUUUCGAUUUCAAAAAGACUUUUUGAGGCCUUUUGAGCAUAUCAUGAAGAAAAACAGAUCUCCAACAAUUCGAGACAUGGUAAUACGGUGCAUUGCUCAGAUGGUGAAUUCUCAAGCUGCUAAUAUUCGCUCAGGGUGGAAAAACAUUUUUGCAGUAUUUCAUCAAGCAGCAUCUGACCAUGAUGGGAAUAUUGUGGAGCUGGCAUUCCAAACAACAGGACAUAUAGUUACCAAUAUUUUUCAACAGCAUUUCCCAGCAGCAAUAGAUUCAUUCCAGGAUGCUGUAAAAUGUUUAUCAGAAUUUGCAUGUAAUGCAGCCUUUCCGGACACCAGCAUGGAAGCAAUUAGACUUAUCCGUUAUUGUGCAAAAUAUGUUUCAGAAAGACCACAGGUGUUGAGAGAAUACACAAGUGAUGACAUGAAUGUGGCAACCGGAGACAGAGUUUGGGUCAGGGGGUGGUUUCCUAUUUUGUUUGAACUUUCUUGUAUCAUCAAUCGGUGCAAGUUAGAUGUGCGUACAAGAGGCCUAACAGUUAUGUUUGAAAUCAUGAAGAGCUAUGGCCAUACCUUUGAAAAGCACUGGUGGCAAGAUCUGUUUCGAAUUGUGUUUAGGAUAUUUGAUAACAUGAAGCUCCCUGAGCAGCAAACAGAGAAAUCUGAAUGGAUGACUACUACAUGUAAUCACGCACUUUAUGCAAUCUGUGAUGUAUUUACACAGUUCUAUGAAGCUUUGAAUGAGAUUCUUCUUCCUGACAUAUUUGCACAGUUACACUGGUGUGUAAAACAAGAUAAUGAACAACUGGCUCGAUCAGGUACCAACUGCCUAGAAAGCCUGGUAAUAUUAAAUGGACAAAAAUUCAGUCAUGAAGUCUGGGACCAAACCUGCAAUUGUAUGCUAGAAAUCUUCAAAACAACAAUUCCUCAUGUCUUGCUUACAUGGAGGCCAGCAGGAAUGGAAGAUGAUUCAUCUGAAAAGCACUUGGAUGUGGAUGUAGAUCACCAGUCUUCAAGCAGUAUUGACAAAAAUGCUUCAGAAAGAGGGCAGAGCCAGUUUUCAAAUCCUACAGAUGACAGCUGGAAAGGUGGUGCUUAUUCAAACCAGAAACUCUUUGCCAGCCUCCUCAUUAAGUGUGUUGUGCAGCUGGAAUUGAUACAGACCAUUGAUAAUAUAGUAUUUUACCCAGCAACAAGCAAGAAGGAAGAUGCUGAGCAUAUGGCUGCUGCUCAGAGAGACACACUAGAUGCAGACAUACACAUAGACACCGAAGACCAAGGAAUGUACAAAUAUAUGUCUUCCCAACAUCUGUUCAAGUUACUGGACUGUCUGCAAGAGUCUCAUUCAUUCUCGAAAGCUUUUAACUCAAACUAUGAACAAAGGACUGUUCUAUGGCGAGCAGGGUUCAAGGGUAAAUCAAAACCCAACCUUUUAAAACAAGAGACCAGCAGUUUGAUUUGCUGCCUGCGAAUUCUUUUCCGAAUGUAUGUUGAUGAAAACCGCAAAGACUCCUGGGAAGCCAUCCAAGAGAGACUCCUGAAUGUGUGCAGUGAAGCCUUGGCUUAUUUUAUCACCGUGAACUCUGAAAGCCAUCGAGAAGCCUGGACCAAUCUCUUGCUCUUACUUUUAACAAAAACGCUAAAAGUCAGUGAUGAAAAGUUCAAAGCACAUGCUUCAACAUAUUAUCCCUACCUAUGUGAAAUAAUGCAGUUUGACUUGAUCCCAGAGCUCCGAGCUGUGCUGCGAAAGUUUUUCCUGCGCAUAGGGGUUGUGUUCAGAAUCUGGAUUCCUGAAGAACAGUUGCGAACAGUGGGUACCCAUUCACUUCCAUGGUAGCCCCAUAGCUGCUCUUUCCCAAAGCUUGAGUUGUGCUAAGUCAAAGAAUGGAUGCAGAAGGUGAGCAAUGAAUAAUUGACAGGUCUCAAAGAAGAAGCAGCUACAACUAUGGGAGCAGCAGGUUUAUUUUGAUCAAGCUGGUAUUUCUGAGGGGAAGCUGUUAUCUCUCUUUUUAAAAUCUGGCUGCCCUAUAGGAAUAACUGUCAGCAUUUGAUGAUUUAAUGCAGUAAAUGUCAAGUCAUUCUUAUCACUAAGCUUGUCUCUCCAAAUCUGUUGUUUGUAAUGUUUCCCUCUUAACACUUUCCAGCUAAUUCCCCAUAAUCUGCUGGAAAAUAUUUAAUGAAUGGAAGCUAUUUGUGAGAUAAUACUGAAUAUAUUCAUAUAGGCUUGUGAUGUUAGCAAAUCUAGUAAUAAAUAUUUGAGAGGGCUAAGUUCAUCUGAAAAAUAUGCAGGAACACUUCCUCCACUGGGGUGCAUUCAGUUGAAAACUGGUCCUUUUUAAGUGGUUUGGUGCUGUAUAUUCUAUAAACACAUGGGAAGAUGGUGAUUUGGCAAUAAUACAGCCAGUCACCCAGCAAACUUCCAAUGCCAUCUUUAUCUCCGUUGCUCCUACUGCCAACUUACUGUAUAUUGCAGCAUGUGUUGUGGUACAUCAUUCCUAGAGCAGCACCAUAAUUUGUUGGCCUGGACCUGUUUGUUUUCAUAAUAUGAAAUUAACCUUGAUAGCAAGUUGUUGUCAACAAAAUAAUUUGCAAACACUGCUCCCCACAAAGAAAGUAGUUGAAAAACAUAUCACAAAGCCUCUUAACCCAUUUAGUAAUCUCAUGACUUGAAUGUUUAAGAACCUUGACAAUUUAGAAAAUUCUUCUUCUUUAAUAAUAUGAAGCAAAUAGGAAAAUUAAGCUUUUAAGUUAACCUCUGAUGUGCACAUAAAAUUAAUUAAAAUGUAAUUACAUGUCGAUAAAACAGUUCCCUUUUGAAUUAUAGAUAGAAUAGAAUUUGGGUAAAAGCAGUCUAUCCUUAAUGUGCAUUAAGCUGUUUCUAUUUUUACUCCAGAAUGUGAGUUAUGGUAGGUUUAUAAUGGUUUGGUCAGUCCUUUAUUGUCAUUAAUGGUGUAAGGGGGAAGAGUCUGGUUCCUAUUGGGACCACUUGAUUUAUUAAUAUAAGUGCACAUGUAUAUGUGACAAAAGCCUGACUGUUAGAGGGCAAUAGGAAGAAACUUGCAAUUGUAGCAGUGCAGUUCUAUUGGCUCUACUGACUUCGGAUCCAAGGGGAUUUUUGUUUCUGUUUUUUGUAAGACCAUGUCUUAGUCCGAUAAAAGAAAUAGUUUUGUAAGGUACGGCAGGCAAAAUCUUUUAGCUGUAUUUCACUCUGAUGUAAUGGGUGCAAGGUUUGUAUAAGAGGGCAGGAAAGAAAUUGGUUCUGUCCAAAUAUAUUAAAAUGCAAGUGCAAAAAGUAUUAUCAAAUGUAUAUCUGCAAGCAUGAAUCGCAAUAGUAUUGACUGAAUGGAAAGUGGAGGUGGAGGAAUUGUGUUUGAUUGGCUCCAGUCCUAAAAAAAUGGCUUUACACUAAGUUCCAUUGAAGACAAUAGCUUCUGAGUGUAACUAAUGUCUGGAAACUUCUUGUUUUGUAAAUUGAGCUCGACUGUGAACACAACCAAAGUUGUAAUAGCUUUGAGAGAACCAGAAUUGAUGACUGGAUUUAUUUUAUUAAUAUUGGUGCUCGCUUUCUCUCAAGUUUUGUUUAUAGCAAAACAGUGUGGGUUUUACAUUUACUUUUGGCCAUUCAUAUGAUAAGUAAAAACAAUUUCUGAUGUUUAAUUUCUUUACCAAAGAAUUUUACAUAGUAAGUACAGGAUUUGUCUUAUGUGAAGUACGUUGACACAGAUAAAUAACUUAUUUGAAACUUAUUGUUCUAACAUUUUGUCUAUGGGCAAAAUGUUAAGUGAAACAUAUGUUAAUUUUAUCAGCAUUUAAAUCAAUUUAAACUUUGUUUGCUAUGUAAAGAGGCAUUUCACCAUGUAUUGCAAGAAUUCAUUUAUUUUUAUAUAUGUAUAUUUACAUCCAUAUAUUGAAGUGUAUUCCUUUUAAUUGGACUAUUUCUUUUUUUUACCCACUACCAUAAUUCUGCUAUUAACAGUUUGUACAAAAGCACCUAGGGGCCCAUUCAUUUUUGUCAAAUGUUAAGUGUUCAAAUUUGCAUCCAUUUGACUUCAUACAAGAAGCAUGGCAGCAUUACAACUGAAGUUUCAAAAUCUGGGUGAGAAGUGCAAUACAGACGGGAGUGAAAUUAUAUCUUCCAAAUCUUAGCAGUAUAAAGUACCAUGAAGACGCUUUAUAUGAAAUAUAUUUGCAUAUAUAUGUAAUAUUAUUACCAUAAAACUUAGAGGCCUUUAAAGCCUUAGUGUUAAAAGAAUUUAUUUCCUUAGGAAAGCUAUGUUUAGCAGUCAAUCUUACAUUUUCAAAUAGCUAUACUCUAAAUUAAAAACACAUGGCAGGGGGAAAUCUACAUCACCAUAUGGUUACCAUGGACUUGUGUGAGAUGAGAUUUCAUGAGAGCCUUAUUCCAGAUAUUCGUGAAAGAUUGUAUGUGUACUAGAUCUGCAGAGAGUGAUAACAUAGUCCAUGUAUUCUCUGAAUGAGCUAUUAUGGUGGCUAGGGGCUUCAGUGUACCUUUUGUUUUUGUAAUAUCAAACUCCAUGGACAAUCAAGAAUUCUCACAGCCAUUUCUUUUAGCCCUGAUCAUGGAGGAGGUUCUGCAGAUUAAACACAGUAUUUCCUGUGGCACUUCUUUCAACACACAUGAAAUUUUAAUGAGAUUGUAGUACUCAACGACAAAAUUAUUAUCAUGGAUUCAAUGAAGAAUUAAGUAUCUCUGUAGGCCACAAUUGUGAUGUACAUACUCAUGUCUUAGCUCUGGAGAUCAGGAAUGAGCUGUUGUUGGGUAACAGACCGCAGACUCUCUAGUAUGAAGUUCCUUUCCUUGACAGUAUUAAUCUUGGCUUAGUUUUACAUCUGUACUAUCAGCAAUCGUGGUUAACUGUAUUCUGGUUCCCUCUUAACCAGAAUGUGCAAACCUGCUUUGAAUUCCCAUUUCCAACUACUGUUUAGGAUGGGAUCCUUGGUUAACAUUUAUCCUGGUUAUUGCUGUUGCAGACACAAUUAUAACUUGUGAUUAAAGCUAAGGAGGAAAAGGGGAGCAGGAAUAGGAACCAGUGAGGGGAGAUAAGCGCUCACAAGCCUCUCCAUCUGCUUAUGAUCACUUACUAGUAGUGGUCAGACAUUACAUCUGUACUUGUCCUAAAGUACUGUUAUAUUUUAAAAUACUUUUAAGUUGUGAAUAAAAUAAAUCUUGCCCCAAAUGAAUGUUUAGAAUACAGUCCACCCACCCUUCCUGAUCCACAUGUAGUCUUCUCAUUCUAUCAAUACUUCUGAAGAGGUACCCUACAGUACAGGUGAGAAAUAUUAGCUUAUUGACAGCCUGAAGGUGACCUUAAUUUUGCUGCUCCUGGCAUUAUCUUAUCAAGCACAUGACAUUUUUGGUUUUAUACCCUUUUCUGGAAGUUAUUUAUUCUAUAAUACAAAAAACCAAUACAGAUCAUCUAGUUAAAAUUCUGUAGUAUGAAUUCAAACUGAGGCUACAGACCACAAAUGUCUUAAGCCUGCAUAUUUGCACAGAAGCUGUUUUUUUUUUUUUUGAUAAAGUUGAUGGAGUAAAAUUUGCUUAAAUGCUUUGUGCAUUGCAUUUUAUAAUGAACAUUUGUUCACAACUGGCAUAGUCACACUGAAGUACAUAUAAGCCAGCAAUGAAUGGCCUAUGUAAUUUGCCCCUAAAUAUUUUAAAACUUAGUGAAUUGAUAUGAUCCUUGGCUUGAAGCAAACAAACGUUGAUUUGUGAGAGGUGCAAUUCUCUGUCUCAACACUUAGUCCAGAAUAUCUCUUUGCAACUUUAAAUAAAAUAUACUUUGUGCAAAAUGUAUGUUUUAUCUUUAUAAUGCCUAAAAUUAGUUACAAGCUACUUUUUUCCUAAGAGACCUUCUAUUAUGAAGUGCAUUUAAUAUCAUUAAGUUAAUGAAAGCAUUCCUUGCCCGAUGGAUGUAUACAUUUUUGACAGAAUAGCAAAAUAAUUAUAUAAUAUGAAAGCUAUGUAAAGUUUUUUACAUAAAAUAUUAUGUAUAAUAAUGUUGUAUCCCAUGCUUUAAUCAGGUGGUAAAUAAAGUUUAAAAACAACUGUA